GCGCCACCAACUGAUGACUGCAACCUCUCAUCAACCGGCUCUCUCCUCCUCCUAAACCGGGCAGCUUCUCUCUCUCGCGUUGCUGCCGCGCGCGGGGCACACAGCUAAGCUAGUGUCGCCAUUGCCAUUGUCUUGGAAGGAGGUUGGUUAGCAUGGCUCGCGUGUCGGCGGCGGCGGUUGCCGUGCUGGUGGUGGCGUUCGCGGCGGCGGCGGCGGCGCAGGAGAGCUGCAACACCGAGCUGCCGGGCGUGCUCGUCGGCAACUACUCCGGCCUGAAUUGCCAGCCGGUCUGGAACAAUUUCGUGCUCCGGUAUCACCAAGACAAGAACAACGUGCUGAGGGUGGUGCUGUCGACGAUGUACAGCACGGGGUGGGUGGGGAUGGGGUUCUCCCGGGACGGCCUCAUGGUGGGCUCGAGCGCCAUGGUCGGGUGGAUCGGGCGGAAGGGCCUCCCGCACGUCAAGCAGUUCGCGCUGCGCGGCAAGACGAGCGGCAAGGUGGUCGUCAACCGCGGCUUCCUCGUCUCCAACUCCAACAACCACGACCACACCGUCGUGGUGCAGCAGGCCAGGAUCUACCUCGCGUUCCAGCUCCAGUUCUCCUACCGACUCACCCACCAGCACAUCAUCCUCGCCUUCGGCUCCUCCAUCCCCGUCAACAACAAGCUCACCAAGCACCAGGACAAGACAUCCUUCACCUUCGAUUUCACCACUGGUAAAGCUUUCGUGGACGGGUCGUUCCCCUACGGUCUGAGGAGGGCACACGGUGCUCUGAACCUGUUCGCGUGGGGCGUCCUGAUGCCGAUCGGCGCCAUCCUGGCGCGCUACUUCCGGCGGAUGGACCCUCUCUGGUUCUACCUCCACGUCGGCGUCCAGUUCGUCGCCUUCAUCAUCGGCCUCGCCGGCGUCGUCGCCGGAGUUGCCCUCUACAACAAGAUCCAGGCCGACAUCCCGGCGCACAGGGGCCUCGGCAUCUUCAUCCUCGUCCUCGGCAUCCUUCAGAUUUUGGCGUUCUUCCUGCGGCCGAACACGGACUCCAAGUACCGGAAGUAUUGGAACUGGUACCACCACUGGUCGGGCAGGCUGGUGCUGUUCUUCGCCGCCGUCAACAUCGUGCUCGGUAUCCACGUCGGCGGCGGGGACAACUCGUGGAAGAUCGGGUACGGCUUCAACCUCGCCAUCAUCCUCCUCGCCGUCAUCGGGCUGGAGUUCAUGCUGCGGACGAGGUGGUCCAAGGAAAGCGAGCCCACGCCGACGUACUAGGCGCGGCGCCGGCGGCCGCCGUUGAUGCCGCGAACCCACUAUUUUUUGGUUUUUUUUUUGUGCCCUUGGGCGCUGGACUGUGUCUUAGCUCUGGUGGUGUUGUGAUUGUUUUUUGGCCUUCUGUGCUGUUCGAUUUUCUGCAUGUUGCUGUCAAGUGAAACUGUGAAAAAGUGUAAGCGUGAGCAGGUGCAAUUGCACUAUGCCACAAUUGAUAGGUUUUCGUUUUUGUUUCUGAGA